AUGUCCAUCUUCGUCUGCGGCGCAACAGGCACCCAGGGCGGCGCCCUAAUCCCGCACCUGCUAUCCAACAACAUAAAAGCCCACGCCAUCGCCCGCGACCCUUCCUCAAAACGCGCCCUCGCCCUUAAAGCCGCAGGAGUCACCAUCUUCCCAGGCUCCUUCGACGACGCCUCCUCCCUCCGCACCGCAAUGGCCGGCUGCACAGGCCUCUUCCUCAACCUGAUGCCCAACCUCACCGACCCAACCCAGGAACUCACCCAAGCGAAGCGGAUCCUGUCCAUCGCGAAAGAAGCAGGCGUGCAGCACGCCAUCUACUCCAGCGGCUUGAUCCAGGAUCUCGAGAAACGGAAGUACUGGAAUGCGACUAAACAAGGUCCUAUUGCGGGAAUGCUGCUGAGUAAACGAACCGUUGAGGAGGCUGUCCGUACCGCUGGGUUUGAGUAUUAUACCAUUCUCAGGCCAGGGAAUUUCAUGACCAAUUACCUUGCUCCGUUUGUUUACCGUAUGUAUCCGGGGCUGGUGGAAAAGGGGGUUAUUACUUCGGCGUUUACGCCAGAGACUGUCAUUCCGACGGUUGAUCCGAAUGAUAUCGGGCGCUUUGGGGCCGCGGCGUUUUUGGAGCCGGAGCGAUUUCAUAAACAGGAAGUUGGGAUCGCAUCGGAGAUUCUGGGACUUCAGGAGCUCUUGAAUACUCUAUCUGAAUCGACAGGGCGCGAGUUGAAGGUGGAAUACAUGACGCAGGAGGAGAUUGAUGCGCAGACUACCACCAAUCCGUUCCUUGCUGGGCAGCUGCUGGCGCGCGAUAUGUCGGACUUUGUGGAUAUGGACGAGGUCCGGGCUUGGGGGAUUCCUCUGACGACGUUUGCUGGAUUUCUGGAGAGGGAGGGGGGGCUUGUUAAGGAGACGUUUACUGUUUAG